AAUUCUAUUAUUUUUUGCAGACUUCUUUUUAAUGGAUGAGACUGCAAAUGAAUAAUGACAACAAAACUUAAAAGGGGUGGGAAUAAAUCAUGCGAAUCAGACCCAUCAACUGAAAAUGGUUUUGGUGAGCCACCCUAUAUGCACCUCUCUCCUGGCCCGCCCAUGCUUACUAUUACCUUAUAUUAUGUGCUUAUAAAAAUAGUGAUGUGUGUGUGGCUUUGUAUUCAGUCACAAGUCCUUCCUUUCUCCGACUCUACCAAAACUAUUGUGUCACUCACUAAGUAGCCAUCAUGGGCAGAGUGAUGUUGUGGUUUCUUGUUUCCUUGUAUUUAUGCCUCACUGGCCAUAUGAUUGGAGAGGCUGCAAGAGAAGGUGCGUUCAUGAGAGGUAAAGCAGGAUCCAAUGAGAUAGGAAAGAGUAACCGACACGUAACCAGAUUUAAGGGUCAACUCACAGCUGGUGGCUAUGGCGGAGGUGGCCCAGGAUAUGGUGGAUACGGACCAGGUGGUGGUGGUGGUGGUGUUGUGAUCGGUGGUGGAGGUGGGUUUGGAUCCGGCGGUGGUUUAGGUUGGGAUGGAGGCAACAGAGGAGGCGGUCCAGGAUACGGGUCAGGUGGUAUUGGUGGUGGAGUCAUCAUUGGCGGUGGUGGUGGUGGUGGUGGUGGGUGUGGCGGUUCAUGUGUUGGUGGUGGGUGUGGCGGUUCAUGCGGUGGUGGUGGUGGUGGUGGAGGAGGAUAUGGACACGAUGGAGUUGGCAUGAAGGGAUCAGGCAGAAACUAGAAAUAAGCAAGCAGCUUUUUUUUAUAUCAUAGACUCAAGAGAAGGAAUAAGGAUGUACUUUAGCAUCUUGAUCAUGCUUAGGAUUUUGUAAUGGUAUCACUUUCAAUGGAAUAAGAAGAAACAAAAAUGUUAGAAAGACUUGUCUUUGAUAUUAGUAAUUUCUAUGUCUUA